CGCGGUAUAAUCAUGGAUGAAGGAGAAAUUGUUAUCAACAAAAAGUUCGUCACUGAAUCAGAACUAGAAGAGAAAAGGAAGAAAAGACAAGAGGAAUGGGAAAAAGUGAGAAAACCAGAAGACCCUGAAGAGUGUCCAGAGGAAGUAUACGACCCACGUUCCUUAUACGAGAAACUCCAAGAGCAAAAGGAAAAGAAGCAACUGGAUUAUGAAGAGCAGUUUAAAUUCAAGAAUAUGGUGAGAGGUCUGGAUGAAGAUGAAACCAAUUUUCUUGAUGAGGUUUCCAGGAAGCAGGAGCUUAUUGAGAAGGAGAGACGAGAGGAAGAGCUGAAAGAAAUAAGUGAAUUCAGAAACGCCCGCACAAUGGCAACGUCAAACACAGAGCACAAGAAGGCAGAUAAGAAGUCUGUUGUUAAAUCCCUCGACAGCAAGAAUAAGUUUUCUCAGUCCAAGUUGCUGGCAGGAGCAGUCAGGCACAGAAGCAAUUCUGAAGGUCAUUGUGCAAAGAAACCAAAGCUGGAUCAUGACAAAUUAAAAGACAGCCAUUCCAGCUCCGUCGGAGGCAGUUCUUCAGGCGGCUCUCGAAUCCACUGCCCGUCAGCCUCUGUCUGCAUUGGGAUUCUGCCCGGGCUCGGCGCGUACUCUGGGAGCAGUGAUUCCGAGUCAAGCUCGGACAGCGAGACCACAAUAACCAACACGGGAAAAAUUGUCACCUCUGUUUUCCGCACCGGCUCCUACCUCGAUGCUCCUUAAAUCAGGACGUAACAACGCAGACAUUGACCCGUGGAACUUUCCACUACCCACCGCAAUAUGGACUGGAUCACUACAGGCUGCCAAAUACGUGUAGUUAAUACCUUAAU